CCAACAGUCGCACACUGACUGCCCGCGGAGUCCACGAGAAGCUCUCCAGCCUGUCCCAUGAUCCGGCGGCCAAGAAGGAAUACCUCAGCUGGCUACGUCUCACCCACAAACCGGCCAUCGAUUUAUGGUUCAUCCAGUCUAUCGACAGAGCCGAAGAUCUGCUGAGUCGCAGGUUGGAGAUCCGGGGACUGACCGUGAGAUGAACACACACUACCUCACCACCUCGAGAACCAAUCCCCAGUUCUACAUAUUCAGCCAGCUCUUUGGCGACGAUCUCGACUGGAGCAGCCAGUGCGAUUGGGAGGGAAUUCAAAACGUUGCCUGGCAGGAGUUCUGGCAGCGUGAGGGGCACGAGCUGCUGGAGCAGAAGUGGCACAAGCGCUUUCCCGAAUACCAGGACCUUAUCGAGUCUGUGACGCCUGAGGAGCAAGCCCUAUGGAAGGAACUGUGGGAGGAACACGCCAGCGAUUCGAGUGCCAAGUUCUGGCACAUUUUUAGCUGUGCCUUCGAGAACUACCAAAGAAUUGCAAAAUCAUUUGGCUUUAAAUUAAAUGCAGCGCCAGAAGAACUUGAACAGGAUUUACAGACUUUGAGCCUUAACAACCCGAAAAAGUGCAAACAGCGAAAAUCCACAGAGAGCGAGGAGGACGAAUCCUAUCUGACUGCCAACGACGAUCCUGAAAUAUUGACGAGGAACAGAGUGCUACUUCUAGGAUUGCCUACAUCCUUUGCCUCCAAGGGUUCACAAGACCCAAAACAAAGAAAGCCGGUAACUGAAUCAUCUAGCAGCGAUAGCGAGGAUAGUGACGAUCUGUUAAUAAUGGGUGACAACGAUAGCAGCGCUCUCCAUGGCGUUCAGAAUGGUGGCGUCAAAAAGAAUAAACGUCGGCAAAGGCAAGCCAACAAACUCAAGGCCAGGAUGCCCGAGUUUAUGCUGGAGGAGAACAGCCGGAUGGUGAAGUACUGGUUUAAGCGAUUUUCCUUGUUCUCCCGCUUCGACCAGGGCAUCCGGCUGGACCGCGAGAGCUGGUUCUCGGUGACUCCUGAGAAGAUUGCCAAACAAACGGCCCGGCGACUGGCCUGCGAUAUCAUCGUGGAUGCUUUUUGUGGAUGCGGUGGCAAUGCCAUCCAGUUCGCCAACACCUGCGGACGCGUCAUUGCCAUCGACAUCGAUGCGGAGAAGCUAGCUAUGGCGAAGCACAAUGCCGGCAUUUAUGGUGUGGCCCACAAGAUUGUUAUUCAUGCCGAUUUCCUGCAGUUUGCGGCCAGCACCAGGAUUCGCCCAAAUGUAGUGUUUAGUCCUCCUUGGGGUGGUCCCGACUACCAGAAGCAGGCAGUCUUUGAUAUUGAGCAAAGUCUUCUUCCUGUAGGCGCCAGUCAUCUGAUGCAGCUUUCGCGUCGACUGGCGGAUGACGUUGCCUACUUUCUGCCACGCAACGCAAACAUGAGCCAAGUGAUCGCCUUGAGUGGAGCCGGACAGCAGUGCGAGGUGGAGCACAAUUAUCUGGACACCAGGAUGGUGGCUCUGACUGCCUAUUACGGCAGUGGAAUUAUAAAGGGUUCAUUAGGGGAACACCAGCCGAAUUAAGAGUAAGAUCAAAAGUAACUUGUUUUCUAAAUAUUAAGAAACUAUUUUUAAGAAAAUAUUCAGGCAAUAUUCAGUUAAAAAGAAAAGGUUAAUUUGUAGAAUGUUUCAAAACAACUUAAGUAUUUCAAAGUGAAAUUAUCUAAGAUCAGAAUUUAAUUUGUGACUAUGUAAGAUAAAGAGAAACAUUUUAAUUUUGCUGUUCAUUUUCUUUUGUCAAGAAAAAAUAAAAUUUGGCUAUUAGUUUUUUUGUUUUGAAUAAGAAACCUUUGAACAUAUACCUUUUUAAUUUGUUUUAUUUUAAUUACAAUGAAAAAACAUGUAAGCGAAGAACCUUUUAUUUAAGAUGUUUUCUAUGUAUAUAAGAGAAGAAAAAUCAUAAUCAUCAUCAUAUUGCAAAAUUUUGAUAGUAUGAAUAGCUUUUUUAACCACGAGAUGUAACUAAAAAGAAGUCACAAAUCCGUGUAAUUAUGCAUCAAAGAAACGUUAUCGUUUUUUAUACCUUUUUCGUUCAUUGUUUAUCCUCUUAAGUUUUUGUGUUCAUUGGCCACAUCGUGGAAAAGUUGACUAAUGAAUAAAGUCGCCUCACAUGUAACGCA